CAAUCAAUCUACCAAAGGACAGACCUUUGGGAAAUUGACCAAGUAAUUCCAUACUUUAUUUUAUACAGAUUUCUUUCCGGCAAUUUCUUCUCCGCCCCACUACACAUUUUCGCCCUUCUUUCGCAUAAAGUCAAUUUUUUUGAAAAUAUUUCCCCGAGUGCUUUCUGAGCUCUUGCUUGCCUUCAACCCGCAGCAAGUACAUCAUAAAUUCUUUCCUUCUCCCACUACCUCUCACAAAAGCAGAGAAUCUCUCUCCCUCUCUCUUUCUCCGUCCCCGUGGAAAGAACGAUGGCGCAGAAACAUUAGUCUGGUUAUAGAAAACAAGAGAGAGAUACAGAAAGAGACAGAAACUCACAAUUCACACGGUGCCACCGAGUACACUCAUCCAGCCAUGUCUGGCGGUCAUGUUACUGGUGAACAUAGUUCUCUCUCCGUUGGCGGUACAAAUGCUCGUGUGGUGUCGUCUUCGAUUGUUGGUGGACUUCAGAAGACUGAGAAAGACCCAAGAAAAAUGGCAAGAAAGUAUCAGUUGGAAUUAUGCAAGAAAGCUCUGGAAGAGAAUAUAAUUGUGUAUUUGGGGACAGGUUGUGGCAAGACUCACAUUGCUGUCCUGCUUAUAUACGAAAUGGGUCACUUGAUAAGGCAACCUCAGAAGAGUGCUUGUGUCUUUCUUGCACCCACUGUUGCCCUUGUUCAUCAGCAAGCCAAGGUUAUAGAGGACUCUACUGAUUUCAAGGUUGGGAUCUAUUGCGGAAACACCAAUCGAUUGAAGACCCACUCUAGCUGGGAGAAAGAGAUUGAACAAUAUGAGGUUCUUGUCAUGACACCUCAGAUACUACUGUAUAACUUAAGUCACAGCUUCAUCAAGAUGGACUUAAUUGCCCUUUUGAUAUUUGACGAGUGUCAUCAUGCUCAAGUCAAAAGCAGUCAUCCUUAUGCACAAAUCAUGAAAGUCUUCUACAAAACUAAUGAUGGAAAACUUCCCCGUAUCUUUGGCAUGACUGCAUCUCCAGUUGUGGGGAAAGGUGCUUCUAGUCGAGAAAAUUUACCAAGAAGCAUCAAUAGUCUUGAAAAUUUACUUGAUGCUAAGGUGUAUUCAGUUGAAGACAAGGAAGAGUUGGAACGCUUUGUAGCAUCUCCUGUAAUUAGAGUAUAUCUGUAUGGUCCUGUUGCAAAUGGCACUUCUAGCUCCUAUGAGGCUUACUAUAAUAUACUUGAGGGGGUCAAGCGCCAGUGCAUAGUGGAAAUUGGCAAGAAAACAGAUGGAAACCAAAGUCUUGAAAGUCUUCGAAGCACAAAAAGAAUGCUUAUCAGAAUGCAUGAAAAUAUCAUAUUUUGUUUGGAAAAUCUUGGCCUUUGGGGAGCUUUGCAGGCUUGUCAUAUUCUUUUGAGUGGUGAUCACUCUGAGUGGAAUGCAUUGAUCGAAGCAGAAGGGAAUACUAGCGAUGUCUCCGUGUGUGAUAGAUACCUAAAUCAAGCUGCAAAUGUCUUUGCCGCUGAUUGUACAAGAGAUGGUGUCACAUCCAAUGUAUCACAGGUGGAGGUUUUAAAGGAGCCAUUUUUCUCAAGAAAGCUUUUAUGCCUAAUUGAAAUUCUUUCCAACUUCAGGUUACAACCAGAUAUGAAGUGUAUAGUUUUUGUCAAUAGGAUUGUUACUGCAAGAUCACUAUCACACAUCCUACAAAAUCUGAAGUUUUUAACAUCUUGGAAGUGUGAUUUUCUUGUUGGGGUUCACUCUGGACUGAAGAGUAUGUCACGAAAGACAAUGAAUGUCAUUCUUGAGAGUUUCCGGACUGGAAAGUUGAACUUACUGCUUGCAACUAAAGUUGGUGAAGAAGGACUUGAUAUUCAGACAUGCUGUCUUGUGAUUCGAUUUGAUCUUCCAGAAACUGUUGCCAGCUUUAUACAAUCAAGGGGUCGUGCACGAAUGCCUCAAUCUGAAUAUGCUUUUUUGGUGGACAGUGGAAACCAAAAGGAGAGAGAUUUGAUAGAGAAAUUUAAAAUAGAUGAAGCUCGGAUGAAUAUUGAAAUAUGUGACCGUACAUCAAGGGAGACAUUUGAUAGUAUUGAGGAAAAAAUAUAUAAAGUUCAUGCAACUGGCGCUUCCAUAACUUCUGGAUUAAGCAUCUCAUUACUGCAGCACUAUUGUUCAAAACUCCCACAUGACGAGUAUUUCGACCCCAAGCCAAAAUUCUUUUAUUUUGAUGAUUCUGAAGGAACUGUUUGCCACAUAAUCUUACCCUCCAAUGCUCCCAUACACAAUGUAGUCGGGACACCUCAAUCAUCAAUAGAAGUUGCUAAAAAAGAUGCUUGUCUGAAAGCCAUUGAACAAUUGCAUAAACUGGGUGCAUUGAGUGAGUUUCUUUUGCCACAACAAGAAGACACAAAUGAGUUGGAGUCAGUGUCUUCUGAUUCAGAUAUCUGUGAAGACAAGGAUUCACGAGGAGAACUACACGAGAUGCUAGUUCCUGCUAUUCUGAAGGAAUCGUGGACUGAAUUGGAGAAGCCUAUCCACCUUAACUCUUACUAUAUUGAAUUUUGUCCUGUUCCUGAAGACAGGAUCUAUAAGCAGUUUGGUCUUUUUCUGAAGGCACCACUCCCACUCGAGGCUGAUAAAAUGAGUCUUGAACUUCACCUGGCUCGAGGUAGAUCUGUGAUGACAAAGCUUGUCCCAUCAGGACUUUCAAAAUUCAGUACAGAUGAGAUCACAUAUGCAACAAACUUUCAAGAGUUGUUUCUCAAGGCCAUUCUCGAUCGAUCAGAAUUUGUUCAUGAAUAUGUUCCCUUGGGAAAGGAUGCAUUAUCUAAAUCAUGCCCAACCUUCUACCUAUUGCUUCCUGUUAUUUUUCAUGUCUCUGAAAGGAGAGUGACUGUAGAGUGGGAGAUUAUCAGACGAUGUUUAUCAUCUCCUGUUUUCAAGAAUCCAGCCAAUGCUGUGGACAAGGGAAUUCUUCCUUCAAGUGAUUGCAUGCAACUUGCUAAUGGCUGCAGUAGUAUCCGUGAUGUUGAGAAUAGUUUAGUGUACACUCCACACCAGAAAAAAUUUUACUUCAUUACUAACGUUGUUCCUGAAAAGAAUGGUGACAGUCCAUGCAAAGGUUCAAACACUCUGAGUCAUAAGGAUCACUUAAAAACAACGUUUGGCAUUCAUCUUAGAUAUCCAAAACAACCUCUUUUGCGUGCAAAACAACUCUUUUGUUUGCACAACUUGCUAUGCAACCGAAAGAAAGGGGAUUCAGAAUUGCAAGAACUGGAUGAGCACUUUGUUGAUUUGGCUCCCGAGCUUUGUGAGUUGAAGAUAAUAGGAUUCUCUAAAGACAUUGGGAGUUCUAUUUCUCUACUUCCAUCAGUUAUGCACCGCUUGGAAAACUUGCUUGUAGCCAUUGAAUUGAAAUGCAUAUUAUCUGCUUCGUUCUCUGAAGGAGAUAAAGUUACCGCCCAUAGAGUUUUAGAAGCUCUCACCACAGAGAAGUGUCAGGAGCGUCUUUCUCUUGAAAGACUUGAAACACUUGGUGAUGCUUUCCUCAAAUUUGCUGUUGGUCGGCAUUUUUUUCUUUUGCAUGAUACCCUUGAUGAAGGGGAGCUAACUAGGAAACGAUCAAAUGCUGUUAAGAAUUCCAAUUUAUUCAAGCUAGCAAGUAGGAACAAUUUACAGGUAUUUAUUCGUGAUCAACCAUUUGAUCCCAACCAAUUUUUUGCUUUGGGUCGUCCUUGCCCUAGAAUUUGCACCAAGGAAUCAAGAGGAACUAUUCAUUCUCAAUGUGGAAGCCAUGUGACUGGCCAAGCAAAGGGUAGUGAAGUCAGAUGCAGCAAAGGUCACCAUUGGCUACAUAAGAAAACAGUUUCUGAUGUGGUUGAAGCUCUCAUAGGAGCAUUUCUAGUUGACAGUGGCUUUAAAGCCGCAAUUGCAUUUCUUAGAUGGAUAGGUAUUGAAGUGGAUUUUGAUGAUUCACAAGUUAUCAAUAUUUGCCAAGCAAGCAGGACCUAUGCAAUGCUUAAUCCUUCCAUGGACCUUGCUACCCUUGAAAAUUUGUUGGGGCAUCAGUUCCUGUAUAAAGGUCUCCUUCUACAGGCAUUUGUACAUCCUUCCCACAGGAAUGGAGGGGGUUGCUAUCAGAGAUUGGAGUUCCUUGGAGAUGCUGUCUUGGAUUACUUGAUCACUUCAUAUCUAUUUUCAGUCUAUCCAAAAAUGAAACCAGGUCACUUGACAGAUCUGAGAUCAGUGUUGGUGAACAACAGGGCCUUUGCCAGUGUAGCUGUUGAUCGAUCUUUCCAUGAAUAUCUUAUCUGCGAUUCCGAUGCCCUUUCUGCAGCCAUAAAAAAAUUUGUGGACUUUGUUAGAACACCUAAAUCAGAAAGGCGUCUGCUGGAAGGACCAAAAUGCCCAAAGGUUCUUGGUGAUUUGGUAGAGUCUUCUGUGGGUGCCAUUCUUCUUGACACGGGAUUUGAUUUGAACCGCAUCUGGAAGAUAAUGCUAUCCUUCUUGGAUCCAAUCACAAGAGUUUCCAAUUUGCAGAUAAAUCCUGUGAGGGAAUUAAAAGAACUUUGCCAGUCUCAUAAUUGGGACUUUGAGGUUCCAGCAUCGAAGAAGGGCAGGACUUUUUCAGUUGAUGUGACACUGAGUGGUAAAGAUAUGAACAUAUCUGCUUCUGCGAGCAACUCAAAUAAAAAAGAGGCUAUUAGAAUGGCUUCAGAAAAAAUAUAUGCUAGGCUGAAGGAUCAAGGCCUCAUACCAAUGACUAAUUCUUUGGAGGAGGUUUUAAGGAAUAGCCAGAAGAUGGAAGCCAAAUUGAUAGGAUAUGAUGAGACUCCUAUAGAUGUAGCUCUUGAUGCCCCUGUGUUUGAAAACUCGAAGAUACAGGAACCUUUUGACAUCAAUUGCAGCUAUGAAGUGAGAAAUUCUUGUCCACCCCGCUUUGAAGCUGUUGAUGCUUCGUCUCUAUCUCCAUUAGAUUUCACUGGAAGGCAGCACAGAGAGACUACUGGAGAUCUUAGAAGUGACAGAGAUGUGCAUAUCACAGGUAAAGUAGACCUUGGAACAGCCAGAUCUCGUUUGCACGAAAUCUGUGCGGCUAACAGUUGGAAACCUCCUUUGUUUGAAUGCUGCACUGAAGAAGGACCAAGUCACUUAAAGUCCUUCACUUACAAGGUGGUUGUGGAAAUAGAAGAAGCACCAGAAAUGAAUUUUGAAUGUGUUGGGUCUCCUCGGAUGAAAAAGAAAGCUGCAGCAGAGGAUGCAGCAGAAGGGGCACUCUGGUACUUGAAACAUCAACGCUACUUGUCUUGAAAUGAAAUGACUUAAAGAUUGAAUUUAACCUCAAGGUUAAGAGUGAUCUUUCCCGAAGAGACCAUUUCCAUGGUUGCCGAGGAGAUCAAUACAGGAAACUGACAGAGAUGCAAUAUAUGAUGUACAUAGAAUCUGGAAGUGCAGAGGGUAGAAUAAUGCUGCUACCUUGACUGAUCCAGUGGAGUUUGGUCAGCCAUUCCUAGUGGAUAAUGUAAAAACCAGUAGGGUUUCUACAAGGCGAUGUAUUGUGUAUUCACGUGUUAACCAAACCACAGAAAAGGGAUGCCAUGUCCUCCCCCUCCAUAGAUUUAUAAUUCCAUGCAAAAGAAAACAUCUAUGCAUGAUCCUCAAUGUAAUACAUUUUAUGAUUUAAAUAUUAUGGGCAAGUAAUCUUGUGCUGAAUGUAUCGAAGCUUAAAACAUACUGAAAUGCACUUUAUUCUUUAUUUAAAUAUAGAAAAUAAUUUUUUUA